CNACAAUAUCCUUAAACUAUUCUUAGUCUAAGGCCAAUCACUUUAAUAUUUGUCAACCCUUAAAUGAAUUCUAGUUUAACUAAUUAAACUAUAUUCCAGUAUACAGAGUACUCCUAAUAAUCCUUAAGCUAGGCCUAGUUUAAGAUAAAAGGGUUUUGGAAAUCUUAAACUUACCUUCACUUAAGAUCAAAUUUCAAGUCUAUAUAUAUAGCAUGAUUGUGAUAAGGGUAUCUCACAUUCUCACAUUAUGGAAGGAACUUCUCGAGCUCUUUCUUAUACCAUAAGAUUCGUUGGUCUACUUGGUAGUCAUGCUCUGGGUAGCAAUCCAAGAUUCAUGGCUACAGCGGUCGAUUUAGGAAGGGAAUUGAUAAGGCGAAAAAUUAAACUUGCUUAUGGAGGAGGUAGUGUUGGCCUUCAAGGAGCUGUUGCUUCAACAGUCUUUACCAAUGGUGGUCUCGUUAGAGGUUUUAUUCCUGGGUACAUAGCCACACGACAGGUUUACGGACCUACGUACGGUGUAGAGUACACCGUUUCCAGCAAUUACUAUAAGUAUUUCAAGAUGAAUCAUAUUGUGGAAGCCUUCAUCGUACUUCCAGGAGGGAUUGACACUAUGGAAGGUUUAUUCACUUUGAUUUCAUGGGCAUCCGAAGGGUUACACAGUAAACCCAUUGGUCUUUUGAACAUUAACGGUUAUUUCAAUAACCUAAUUAAGUUUCUAGAUGAUACGGUGAGGCAGAACUUCAUGGCUUUGAAUCAAAGGAAAUUGUUCAUCUCUUCUUUCUUUGUUGAUGAGCUUUUAGACAAACUAGAGUUUGCUAAAAGCUUUUCCGGGUCUUGGUGCUAAUUAUGAUGAGUUCGCAAUUCCCGGGGGAUUGGAUUUAGAAUUGCAUUCGUAACUUUCCUCAUGUAAUCCAAGUUGUAUUUUGUUUUGAAAUAAUAUUAUCCAUAAAUAUUAUUUAACGUU